AUGGAGAAGCCCCAGUUUACUCCCAUUCUAAUAACGUAUCGAGAAUUGUACAAAAAUCUAUUUGCUGCACAUGUUGUAUCCCCGUUCUACUUAAAACUGUUGCAACCCCCAUACCCCAAGUGGUAUGAUGCAAGUGCCCAAUGUGAAUAUCAUGCGGGUGUUACAGGAUACUCGAUCGAGAAUUGCACUUUUUUCAAAAGAGUGGUCGAAAGGCUUAUUAACGUGGGUGUUGUCAAGUUUGAUGAAAUGCCUAGCGUGGAAAACUCGUUACCCAAUCAUACUAUUAAUGGGGUAAAUGCGAUAGACAAAAAUAUGGGAAGGAUAGUUAAGUUGGAUAUAGCGAAGGUUAGAACCUCGAUGAGGAAGGUUCUAAAGAAGAUGAUAGAAAGAGGUCUAAUCAUACAAGACUUUGGGAGCAAGUCUCGAGAAGUGGAGAACUAUUGUGAGUUUCACAGAGAGGAGGAACAUGAGAUAGAAACAUGUAAUGAAUUCAGGGCCCUAGUACAGGGUCUAAUGGACAACAAGGAGAUAGAGUUCUUCGAGUUCGCUGAGGAGAAACAUGUGUGCGCCUCAGAGGAGGGGCUAAUAAAGAAGGUCUGUAAAGUCAAUCACCUAGUGGUGAUCAUUUCACGACCGAGAACAAAUGAAGCUGGAGCAAAAACGAUGCCAAAAGUUGUGAUUCAGAAACUGACAGUUUUUCUUUACAAGGAUAACAAAAGGGUGCCUUGGAGUUAUAACUGUAAUGUGAUAUUGCCAAGAGAGGGCAGGUUGGCCAGUACACUAGAUACGAAAGUUGAGCCUGUAAAAGAGAAGUCUUUGAUGCCGAAACGAUGGGAGGAGAGGACAAAGCCACUGGUUAAUGAACCAGUAACAGCAGAUGGAGCUAAAGAAUUUUUGAAGUUUCUAAAACACAGUGAGUAUAGUGUUGUGGAGCAGUUGCACAAGCAGCCAGCUCCCACCUCGAUACUAGUUUUGCUUCAAAAUUUGGAGGCACACCGUAAUGCGUUGAUGAAGGUGUUGAAUAAAACCUAUGUUGCUGAAGACAUCUCGGUGAACAAACUGGACCGACUCGUCAACAAUAUUAGUGCUGAUAACUUUAUUUCUUUUAGCGAUGAUGAAAUACCGCCAGGUGGCAUGGGGUCCACCAAGGCUUUGCACAUCAUUACCCGAUGCAAAGGGUAUACACUACUGGGGGUAUUGAUUGACAAUGGGUCGGCACUAAAUGUCUUGCCCCUAUCCACAUUGAGCAGGUUACCCAUAGAUAGCUCUCAUAUGAAGACGUGUCAGAACAUAGUGAGAGCGUUCGAUGGCACCGAGAGGAAAGUAAUAGGUAGGAUUAAGAUCCCUCUUCUGAUCGGACCUAACACGUAUGAGGUAGACUUUCUCGUGAUGGACAUCAGGCCUUCUUAUAAUUGUUCACUGGGGAGGCUUUGGAUUUAUUCAGUAGGAGCAGUACCAUCAUCGUUGCACCAGAAGCUGAAGCUAGUGACGAAGGGUCGGCUGAUAACCGUAAACGCAGAGGAAGAUAUUAUCGCAUCCGUUGCUAGUGAUACACCAUACAUCGAGAGUGAUGAUGAAGCAAUUGAAUGUGCUUUCCGGUCAUUAGAGUUCGUAAACGCAACUUUCAUCAUUGAAGGAGGCAAGAUUUCAAUGCCAAAGUUAUCUGAAGCUACAAGGAUGAGUUUACAAUUGAUGGUAGGAAAAGGAGCAUUUUCAGGAAGGGGGCUCGGAAAAUACCUCUACGAACGAGUCGAAGUACCGAUUUUGGUUGGCAAACGAGAUCGUUUUGGCUUGGGACAUAGGCCUGACGCCAAACAGAAAAAGGAAGAGCUAGUGAAGAAACAGGAGAGACGAAGGGCACGAUUGAGUGGGGCAGAGGUUAAAUGGGAGCCAAUGACCUUCCCUUGUGUUAGGAAGAAUUAUUCAUCUUGA